GCUUGCGGCGUGCUGCUGGGUGCUCCCACCGCCGAGGUCGACAGCAGAAUUCGCAUCCUGCUAUCGCAAGUCCGAUCUUUGAAGAAGCACGAGGACUAUGUGAGAGCGAUGCGAAGAGCCACGGAAAAGGAGAAGCAGAGGAUCGAUAUGGUGUUGGGUUACGUGCUCUACCACAACGAUGCCUCCAAGGAUGGUGGAGAGGAUCCAGCAGCUGACAGGAAGGCCGCCCCGUCGUCUGGUCUCGAGAUCCCGGCAAGUGCAGCUUCAGGGACGGUUGAAGCUCCCCUGGUGAUGGGGAGAGCUCUUCAAGUGGGGUCGGCAAGCAGCAGCUCCAGCGAAGAGGCUGCUGCUUCGAGCUCCAGGAAGCAGGUCGUCCGGAAGCCACAGGCCUCCAGCUCCAGGAAGCAGGUCGUCCCGAAGCCCAAGGCUGAGGCAGAGGAUGAUUCUUAA